AUGUACCUCUUUGACCUCGACCAUCAAAUCCACCUCCUCAAUCUCGACAACAAGUGGCCGCUCCCACCCCAAAUCAUGCUGCCACACAACGACACCAGGACGGCCUCCUCUUCCUCCAACCAGCAUCCCACAAUCCCUACCCCUACCCCUUUCACCUCAACCCACCCACCAACUCGAAAAUCCUCUCGAGCCAUCUCCCCCACCUCCGACGACAACCUCUCCGCCCUUCCCCCAAACCUAGCCUCCCUCACCCUCUCCUCAUCUGCUCAAAACCGCACAAUUAUCCUCGGGCUAAUCAACUUCCCCCCCACCGCCAUCAGCGUCAUCACUAACCUAGCCAACACCUCCUUCCCCUCUGUCAUCGACGGCAAAUCCUCCUAUAUCAAACUCGAGUCCAAAACCAUCGCCUGGGUCGUGAUCAAAAUUGGCAUGCGCGCCACGCUAUACUCCAAGAAGAAAUUCGCAGAAUUCACACGCCAAUGGGUGGGUUUUUUAUGUGGGGGUUUCAAAGAGCUGUGGUACCACGGUUGGGGGUUUGUAACCGUUGUUCAAAACCCGCUUGAGCCGCCGACGGUGGGGAGGAAGGUUUUGGCCCAGAAGCAAAACGUGGAUGUCCAGAAUUUGGUUUUUCGGUUUGAUGGGACCAGGGAACAGGAGAGGUAUGAAUGGUUGGGCAUGAGUCUGCAUCAGUUGGGGGAGGUUUUGGUUGUGGGGGGGUUGCCGGCUAGGGUGCAUGAACGGAUAGCGAAAAGUUUUUUUCCGAUGGGGUUGGGGAAGAGGAAGUGGGGGGUUAAGGGGAAGUAUAAGGGGUAUCAGAGGCUGGGCUUUGCGGGGAGGAAGUAUUUGGGACCAAAGGGGGCGGAAGACGAGACCGUGGUGAGGUUGGUGGAGGUCGUGGAGGAGGAAGGGUGGGAGCUGUACGCUAGUUUGGGGACGUGGCCGGGGUUGGUACUGUUUAGGAAGGCGAGGGCGCCGGGGUCGAGGGUUCCGAGCCGGUCGCUGGGUUCGGAAGAGAGGGUCGUGGCUAUGCCUGAGGUUGAUUGA